GCCUUUACCUGGGCCGACUUCAAGCUUUAUCUUAUUUGCGGCGUAGGCUUCAUGCUCGACUCCUAUGACCUUUUUAUAGUCAAUCUCGCCUCUCCCAUCUGGGCCUACGAAUUUUUCCAAACCGUCCCCAUCAACAACACAACCGCAACCUCACCCCCUACCAUUCCCUUCCUGGUUCGUGGUGCUGUCAACGCUGCAGCCAAUAUCGGCAAUGUCAUUGGGCAGCUCGGUUUCGGCUUUUUGGGCGAUGCAUUUGGCCGCAAGUUUGUCUACGGAAAGGAGCUGAUAAUCGCCAUUGUUGGCAUCAUCAUGAUCAUUUCUCUUCCGGUUCAGAACGUCCCUGGACUCACCAGCGGUGUCUCGAAGAUGUGGUGGCUGUUCGGUUUCCGUUUACUGCUCGGAAUUGGUAUUGGAGGUGACUAUCCCAUGUCUGCCGCCAUCGUCGCCGAACGUUCGACUCUGGCCAACCGCGGUCGCAUGCUUGGCUGGAUUUUCAGCAACCAGGGCUGGGGCACGUUGGCUGCAUCAGUCGUCACUUGCAUCCUCUUAGCAAUCUUCAAACAGCCUUUGACCAACGGCGCUUUCAGUCAGAUCGAUGCAAUUUGGCGCCUGCAAAUCGGUCUAGCGCUCAUCCCGUGUUUCGCCCUCCUCUACUUCCGCCUGACCAUGCCCGAGUCUCGCAAGUUCACGGAGAGCGUGGAGCUGUCUGCCAAGGCUUCGAUCAGCUCCUUGAGCUCCGCUGGGACUGCCGAGAAGAAACGCGAGCCCGCUGAUGGUGGCUCACCACCCGCUCAUGGUCAACCCAUAGCUGACCAUCGUCCGUCUAUCGCGGAGGGCCAGACCGUCACCCCUCCAAAGAACGCACAAUUGACUGCCUUCAUCGAGUACUUCAAGGUACCGCGACACGCUUUAACCCUUUUUGGAUGUGCUUUCUCGUGGUUUUUAGUCGAUGUCGCGUUCUACGGUAUCAAUUUAAACCAGUCAGUCAUUUUGAAAGAUAUCGGGUACGCUACCGGCAACAGCCCGUAUGAUUAUCUGCUCAGAAACGCCGAAGGUAACCUGAUUAUCGCCGUCGCUGGCUACGUCCCUGGUUAUUUCUUGACGAUUGCUUUCAUCGAAUUGCUCGGUCGGAAAUGGAUCCAGAUCCAAGGGUUCUUGGUCACGGCUUUGAUGUUUGGUAUCUUGGCUGGUGCCCCAUGGCUGUCUUCCGGCUCUCGCUUCGCCCUCAUAAUCAUUGCGCAACUCUUCUUCAACUUCGGGCCUAAUGCUACCACCUUUAUUGUCCCCGGCGAGGUGUUCCCGUCGCGUGUGCGAGGAAUCGCUCACGGGUUCUGCGCCGCUGUCGGAAAGCUCGGUGCCAUUCUGUCCGGUAUUGGCUUCAACUGGUGGUCACAGUCCAACAGCGCACAAUACCCUGGCUCAAUCGGUCUAAGCGGUGUCCUGUGGAUCUUCUUUGCCUUUGAGCUGCUUGGAGCCGUCGUCACGUUCUUCUGCGUUCCCGAAACAAGAGGUAUCGACGCUGAUGCUAUCGACUACGAGGAGCAGAAGAAGCGU